CACAGAAGACUCACAGAGGCAUACCUGUUUUCCAUCUUCAAUCUAUGCAAUAUUUAAGCAGAGUUUUCACGAUCAGUUGUAGCCAGAUUGUUAUCCACUGGUGUGGUAUCAUAGCUCAGGCCACUUCUUACUCUGUGAAUAUUUACCUGCGCAUUUGAAGCCUUAGUCUUGUACUUACCUGUUCAUCUCUGUUUCCCUCUCAACCUGCUGGAGUACUGUGCGUUACGACAUGCCUGACCCACUUAUUUUUGGAAUCUAUCAGAACUUAUUACCCUAAAUGUAUACAUGGUAAAGUAUGAAAUUUACAUUGUUUUAUUCUAUUUCAAGUGUCGACAUACUGAAGACUUAUCAGUAUGUACUUUGUAUUUAGGACAUGGUGUCAGGUUUGAUCGACAUUUUAAGGGUUCAACCCUGAACUUAUUUGUGCACACUGGCUCUUGUGAAACAGCAAAAUAUACAAGAACCAUUGAAGCCCUCUGUCUGCAUUCCCGAGUUUUUGACCUAAAUUACUUGGUAAACAUCAUGUUAACUGGAAAUGGUGGCAUCUGGGGUCAUCAACUUUAUUUGCAUCCUCUUAAAAGGGGAUGUGUGAAUGUGGCCGAAAAGUAACUGGUCAGUAAAAUUCAGUAUAAAGAGUCAGCAGAAGUGAUCUCAUACUGAGCCAAGAUGAAAGCUUUUUGUGCUGCUGUUCUCGUGCUGAAUUUCAUCUCUGUGUGCCAACCUGCAUCAGUGGCCUGUAAAAGCUACCUAAAGAAAGCAAAAAAUGUUCAAGAUUUGACUGGGAAAUGGUACGCUAUAGCCAUGUCUUCAAACAGCUGCUGGAAUAUUGGUCCCCCACUUCUAAGUAGUGAUAUGGACAUUACAGCAGUGGAAAAAGCAAACACCUUCGAGGCCACCAUUACAAUGAAAAUGUAUGGACAGUGUAAAAAUCAAACUACACAAUUUCACUAUGGGAACAGCACCAUAUCUGUGGUUAACAGCACAGAUGGCGAAGAUGAUGACAUAUUUGUGUUUCUUGAAAAGACGUGCCGUGAUUACGUCGUUAUAAAGUCGGAUGACUUCACUGACAUUCUUGUGCUUUUAAGUAGGAGAACGUCCAUCACUGCUGAUGAGAUGGAAGCAUUUGAGAGACAAACAAAGUGUCAUAACUUGUACAAACCACAGGUCUUUGAUUCCGAUCAUGACUAUGAGAACUGUCCAACCUUUGAAGAUGAGAAGCCUAAACUUACUAAUUCAGAAAUGCUCCGCAUACAUCAAGGAUGGCGAAACAUGUUCUCACAGCUCUUCACAUGUGUACAAGACAGAGUUUUGUAUUACCCUCGUGCUGCCUUCCAGUGGGUGCAGUCAACAUGGAGUAAUUUGUGGUGAAUGUAGAGAGACACACUAUAAUAAAUAUAUACUUAUUUCAAUCAUGUGUACUUGAAACAGUGCUGUCUUUAGUUUAAAGAUUUGAAGAGCCUGUAGAAUGAAUAAUAAAUACUACAGUUUACUGAUGACCAAUAUUUGAAUAUUAAUUCAAAAUAUCAUUAUAAUGCAGUUGUAUCUGUCCUUCACCUCUCAACUACUAUUCAUCCAACUUGUUGAGGUCCAGAGUAAGGGCAGUGUCUA